AACAACAGUAUUUAACAAUGUGGUUACAAAUUAAAACUAAUAAAUCAAUUUCCUUAAGAGGAAAGCCCAACUGUAUCUCUCGAAUGUUCCAUUUCUACAAUUAGAAGCUAGUAAACUUGCUCACCAAUUUUUUCCUCUCUUUAAAACACACAACACACACACACAUCACUUGCUUAAUCAUCACAUUAUCUUCAUCACCACCUGAAACUGGUUUAACAACAAUGGCGCCCACUACAUUCUUCACUCAAAGGAUCCCUUCAGUUUCUGAGAUCUUCUCGAUGUACACAUCUCUCUCUGCUUUCAUGAUCCUCUUCCGAACCAUCCUCAACGAGAUCAUCCCGACCAAAGUCCGUGACUUUAUCGUGUCAAGAUUCAGAGACUUCUUCUCUUCUUACUUCAACCCGAACUUCACAUUCAUCAUCGAGGAACGGUGCGAUUACGUCACGAACCAGACGUUCCGUGCCGCCGAGACUUACUUGCCGACCCUUCUCUCCGGAAUCUCCACCGGAAGUCUCCUCGUCCAUUCUAGCAACCUCAAGAACCCGUUGGCUAAGCCCAAGUUCGGAAUCCCUGUAAAAGCCAAGAUCUUGGAUGACUUCGAAGGGAUCUCUCUCGAGUGGACUCUUCUGUCGGAAAGAAACGACAAUCCUCACCAGAGCCUACCAAAACGGUACUUUCAUUUGACAUGUAAGAAGGAGUUUAGGGACAAGAUCAUGUCAGAGUACUUCACAUACAUUGCAAAAUCAUCCUUGAAGAUACUGACAAGCAGAGACAAUCUCAAGAUCCAUACUUACGAUCCAAACGAUCAUUCAUGGGAAUCAGCAAUCUUCCAACACCACACGACGUUUGAAACCCUAGCAAUGGAGCCUGACGCCAAGAACACUUUGAUGCGUGACCUAGACGCUUUCUCCAAUGGAAAGGACUUUUUCAAAACCGUGGGACGAGCUUGGAAACGCGGUUACCUUCUUUACGGUCCCCCUGGGACAGGGAAGUCAUCUCUUGUCGCCGCUAUUGCUAACCACAUGAACUAUAAUAUCUAUGAUCUUCAGCUUCAGAGCGUUCAAGACGAUGCAAUGCUUAGACAGAUUCUUACUAGAACCGAGAACCGGUCGAUUCUUCUCAUUGAAGAUCUUGACUGCAGUGGAGCGGAUGCUUCUUGUAGAAAAGAGAAUAAAGAUGAAGGAGAAGAUGGUGAGAAUCAGGCCAAGAACAACAAGAAGGAUCCUAAGGUAUCUUUGUCUGGUCUGCUGAACUUUGUAGACGGGUUAUGGUCAAGCUGUGUAGAGGAACGGAUCAUAGUCUUCACCACGAACCAUAAGGAGAAACUGGAUCCAGCAUUGCUGAGGCCAGGAAGAAUGGAUGUUCAUAUACUCAUGGAUUACUGUACGCCUAAUGUUUUCAAGAAGCUCGCUGCAAUGUAUCUUGAUUAUGUCGAAGAGCAUGAUCUGUUUGAGCCUAUUGAGAAGAUGUUCCGUGAGGUGAAAGCAACUCCAGCUGAGGUCAUAGAGCAGCUUAUGGUGAGCAAGGAUCCUGAUGUUGCGCUUAAGGGGCUCAUGGGGUUUCUUGAAAGCAAGAAGAUGAUUAGAGAGAGUGAAGAAUCUGAACCAAAAGAAGCAGAUGAGGAAUGAAGCUUGAAGGAUCCAUGGAAGUACUUUAGUACUAAUUAUGUAGUUAAUAACUAAGAAGUAACUGAAGUUUAGUGACUGAUGGAUCCAUGGAAGCGGUAAUUAAGUCCCUCAAUUGUCACAGUUUCAUAUUUGGGAAUGAGGUUUUAGUAAAAAGGACCUAAAGCUAUUUUAAGAUCUGACUGUAGCUACAUACCCAGUGUCUUCAUUCAAGAUGCAAAUUGGUCUCUUGUCACUA